GGCAUCUAAAUCUCCGGCGCCUGGGCCGCCUCUGCCGCCUCGCUGCUCUCGGCUCGCUUCAGUGUGAUUGGAUGAGCGGGAGCGUGUGGAUGGGCGAAGCGCUGAGCUCUCCCUCCCGGGCUGCCUGUCCUGCUCUCUGUCCCAGUGCUUUCCCUCCUGUUCUGCUUCUCCCCGGCUCUCUCUUCUUUUCCCCUCCUUUCCCCGAGUCUGGUCAUUUCCCUGAGUUUGCCUCUGGUGCUUUCCCCCUUUCCCCUCUUGCUCUCUUUCUCCUCGGUGUGAUCUAGUCGCUCCCCCACCCCCCACCCCCUUCUGCCAACUGGGAAUGCUAAAACAGAACUGAUGGACAUUUCCGAACUUUGCAUCUCAGACCCUCUCAGCUACCACAACCAUGUGAAAGGGAAUGGAUUGAGAAUAGAGAGAGGCGGCGUAUCUUGUCCGAUUCUGCAUUGCCGGCUGUUAGGCAGAAUGUCCACAGAUGAGCGGCACCUCACCUAGUGUGGAUCCUUCAUCAAAACUGAGCCAUCCAGCCCAUCUUCCGGCAUCGACGCCAUCAGCCAUCACAGCCCAAGUGGUUCAUCCGACGCCAGCGGUGGCUAUGGCAUCACUAUAGGUGGCCACCCCAAUUCACCACCCAUGUUCAGCAGUGCAGGGAUCGGCGGAGGGCCCUGCCGCAAACGGUACGACGACUGCGCCAGCGCCAUCAUGGAAGACUCACCCACCAAGUGCGAGUAUAUGCUGAACGCCAUCCCCAAGAGGCUGUGCCUAGUGUGCGGGGACAUUGCAUCCGGGUACCAUUAUGGAGUGGCAUCAUGUGAAGCAUGCAAAGCCUUCUUCAAGAGGACAAUUCAAGGGAACAUUGAAUACAGCUGCCCAGCGACCAAUGAGUGUGAAAUCACAAAACGGAGGCGCAAAUCCUGCCAGGCGUGUCGUUUCAUGAAAUGCCUCAAAGUGGGGAUGCUGAAAGAAGGGGUCCGUCUGGAUCGAGUUCGUGGAGGCCGUCAAAAGUACAAAAGGAGAUUGGAUUCUGAGAGCAGCACCUAUUUGAGCUUACAGAUUCCUCCUCCAGCCAAAAAGCCAUUGACCAAGAUUGUCUCCCACUUGUUGGUGGCAGAGCCGGAAAAGAUUUAUGCUAUGCCUGACCCUACCAUGCCGGAGAGCGACAUAAAAGCUCUGACCACACUCUGUGAUUUGGCAGACAGAGAGCUGGUUGUGAUCAUUGGCUGGGCGAAGCACAUCCCAGGCUUUUCUAAUCUUUCCCUGGGGGACCAGAUGAGCCUAUUGCAGAGUGCAUGGAUGGAGAUACUCAUCCUGGGUAUCGUCUACCGCUCGUUACCCUAUGAGGAUAAAUUGGUCUAUGCUGAAGAUUACAUCAUGGAUGAGGAACAUUCUCGCUUGACAGGCCUGCUGGAGCUCUACCUGGCCAUCCUGCAGCUUGUGCGCAGGUAUAAGAAGCUGAAGGUGGAGAAGGAAGAGUUUGUGACACUCAAGGCCUUGGCUCUUGCCAAUUCAGAUUCAAUGCACAUAGAGGACAUGGAUGCAGUGCAGAAACUCCAAGACCUUCUCCAUGAAGCUCUCCAGGAUUACGAGCUGAGCCAGCGUCAUGAGGAACCACGGCGUGCGGGAAAGCUGCUGCUCACCCUUCCCCUCCUGCGGCAAACAGCUGCCAAAGCCGUGCAGCACUUCUAUAGCAUCAAACUGCAGGGCAAGGUCCCCAUGCACAAACUCUUCCUAGAAAUGCUUGAAGCCAAGGUCUGACAGGGCCCAGGAAGCAAACUGGAAGCCAAGGUUGCGGCCAUGGAGCUAACCAAACAGAGGUGGCAGCUGGCUUUUAUCUCCAAUCAUUUAUUAUGGAAGAAUUAUUUAACAUCCAUCUGGCAGCCACGCCAGUCUGUACAUCCAUCUGAAGAUUAUUGUGUACAGAGAAGGAAACUCUUUUAAUCAACAUCACUCUCCCCCCCCUCCUUUCUUUCUUUCUUUCUGGAUUAUAGAACAAGCUCUUGCACUUGCAGAGGGAGCCAAAGGGAGUCUGGAGCCCCUAAGAGUGAUGCUAUUUGCACUAUCCAGGGCAGCCGAUUCCUAUCUUCUUUGACCUAAGAGAAGGGGUGUGGGGACUGAAGCAGAAAAUGGUGAAAAUUAAGAGUUUGUAACAUUCAUAGCAUGGUGACGUGAGAGGAGAUU